CGCUCUGCGCGGAGCCGCGUCUAUUAAGCGCGACGGGGUCGGGACUCGGGAGCGGUGGCAGUGACGGGCGCUGAGGAUGCCGCUCUUUGGAGUUUAUUGCACUCGAUUAGGGAUCGUUUCUCAGAAUCAAGGAGUUAGAAGUGAGAUUUGAGAUAAGUGAGGCCCAUCCAGUGCUGCUUGGGACGCCUCAGAAGGGAAAAUGGAGUUUUCAGGAAUGAAAAAGAAGAGUUUGCUAGGAUUCAAAGAAAAUAAUAAAAAAUCCAGCACUAGGGCUCCCUCUCCAACCAAGCGCAAAGAUCGGACUGAAGACAAAUCCAAGGACAGAUCCAAGGACAAAGUGUCCACCAAGGAAUCAAGUGAAAAGGAUCGUGGUCGGGACAAAACACGCAAAAGGCGCAGUGCUUCCAGUGGUAGCAGCAGUACCAGGUCCCGCUCCAGUUCCACUUCCAGUUCAGGGUCCAGCUCCAGCACUGGUUCCAGCAGUGGGUCCAGUUCCUCCUCUGCAUCAAGCCGCUCUGGGAGCUCCAGCACCUCUCGUAGCUCCAGUUCCAGCAGUUCUUCUGGAUCCCCAAGCCCAUCUCGACGUAGACAUGACAACAGGAGACGUUCCCGCUCCAAGUCUAAGCCACCCAAGAGAGAUGAAAAAGAGCGGAAGAGACGGAGUCCAUCACCCAGACCUACCAAAGUGCAUGUUGGGAGACUCACCAGAAAUGUGACCAAGGAUCACAUCAUGGAAAUAUUUUCCACUUAUGGGAAGAUUAAAAUGAUUGACAUGCCAGUUGACAGGUUAAAUCCACAUCUCUCCAAGGGUUAUGCCUAUGUGGAGUUUGAGAAUCCAGAUGAUGCUGAAAAGGCGCUGAAGCAUAUGGAUGGAGGACAGAUUGAUGGUCAGGAGAUCACUGCUACAGCUGUACUGGCACCUCGGCCUAGGCCACCUCCCAGGCGCUUUAGCCCACCAAGGAGGAUGCUGCCGCCACCACCAAUGUGGCGUAGGUCACCACCUCGCAUGAGGAGAAGGUCCAGAUCUCCAAGACGCAGGUCCCCUGUUCGCCGACGGUCAAGAUCCAGAUCUCCAGGCCGAAGACGUCAUCGCAGCCGCUCCAGCUCAAACUCUUCACGAUAAAGCGAAAAAGACUGGACAGCUUUUUAUUUUUUAACUUAAAUCCCACCAGACUAAAUAUUGUACCUUUUUUUUAUAAUGGGCCUGGGUAAGGGGAAGUGAGAGAAAUCGAAACCUGGCAGUGAAGGGAAACUAAGAGGAGGGGUUUCCUGGCCAAUAGGCAAUCUGUGCCUUGCAGCUUCUAGAUUCCAGGCAUUGAACCUAAAUGCUUUAAACGUGGCUUUGGGUUGAAGGCUGCAAAUGUGGUAUAUUGUUUUCUGGACAAGCUACCAGUAGGAAAGAUGAUGUAGCCUCUGCUCCUCUAAUCAGCAGGCUGCUGCUUCAUGAAUUCCGAAGGCUUAGCAUGCCAUGCAGAAAAAACUAAGUACUGACCUAUUUUGGGAAUCAUAAGGCUGGCUACUACUAAGAGAAGGCGGUGGUGGUGGUGGUUGGGGGUGUGGUUAUGUCCAUCUUGAGGCACCAGUGCAGACCUUCAGACCUGGUGGUACCCAAACACAGAAAUCUGCCUCAAACUUAAAUAUUCAGUUUGUCAUUCUGCUCCCAUGCCCUGAAUAGUGAGAUCAUAAACUUCUGUUUGCACAAAGAGGCAGGGUGCUGCAGACUUGCAUGACAUUAAAGAUGAUGGUUUUUGGCCAGUCCCACGGUAUGUCAUCUACUGCAUAUUAGAAACAGGCCAGGAAUCGAAGGACUGUUUUGUAACUGCCCUCUUUAGGGAUCCCCUUGCCCUUCCUGAAGGGUUUUGGUACAGAUUUCACACAACCCUCUACCAAAUGGUGUAAAUGUUUCCACCUUUAGAAAACACAAUACAACCUGGCAACAAAGUGUCAAAACCCCCCCUUACUGCAAUGAAAAGGGAGAGGUUUGAGACUGAUGUUGCUUGGAUUAAUUUGGGUAAUCUUGCAAAAGGCAAGCAAUUUACCAUCUGUUGUACAGUCAAUCUACAAAGUUUUUUUUUGUUUGUUUGUUUUUUUUUUUGGUAUAACUUUGUAGCAUCUUAGGCAGGUUGUGUUUGUAUUUGUGUAGAAUGACCAUAUUGAAUAAACCAAUAGGGUUAA